GCAGCUUUCUCUUUCAGUACAUAUGCUUGAUGAUUGCAACAGUCUCCAUGCAAAUUAUUACUGAUGAGCAAUUGCUUUUCAAAUGGGAUUUUAUUAUGUUGCCUCCACUGCCUUUAUAAGCUUGAGCUCAAAAAGUUUCUCCCUCACCCCUCAUCCACUUACAAAUUUUCAGAUCAUCAUUUUGAUCAGAGAAGUCAUUUUUAUGCCAUUGAAAAGCAAUAUUGGUAGUGACUGAAUGGAUUCCAAGGAUCUGGCAGUAGGAGUUAUAUUCAUCGUUCAAUGUUCCAUGGGAAUUCUGAGACAUUUAACUCUUCUAUCUUACUACUUAAUGCUUCAUUAUAAUAAACACUCAUUAAAACCAAUUGAUUUGAUUCUCAUGAACAUGUUCAUAGCCAACUUCUUGAUAAUUUUCUCCAAAAGUUUGCUACAGACAGUGGAAACUUUUGGGAUGAAACUGUUCUUCAGUGUCUUUGUUUGCAAAUUUCUUUUGUAUAUUGAAAGAGUUGGCCGAAAUGUUUCUGUUGCUAACGUCUGUCUCUUGAGUGUCUUCCAAGCCAUCACCAUCAGUCCCAGAAACUCCUGCCUUAAUGGUCUUAAAGUAAAAGUUCCAAAGUACAUCACCCUCUCUAUUUUCCUUUGCUGGGCCCUGUAUUUUAUUGCAAAUAUGAUUUUACCAGUGUAUGCAUAUACUAGGUGGAGCAGCAAUAACAUGACAUAUAAAAGAACAUUAAAAUACUGCUUUAGUGUAGGUCAUGAUGAAGUUACAGGCUCUAUUUUUACAAUACUUUUUGUAUUCCCUGAAGUCUUUCUUGCUAUUCUUAUUGUCUGGUCUGGAAGCUCAAUGAUCGUCAUUCUGUAUAGGCACAAGCAGCAGGUUCAACACAUCUACUGCAAUUAUGCUUCCACCAGAACAUCCCCCGCAUCAAGAGCCACUAAGAGCAUUGUGGUACUAGUGUCAGUCUUUAUUUGCUUUUAUUCUGUCUCCUCCAUCAUAUAUGGUUGCAUUGCUCUUUUCUGUGAUAAUAGCUGGUGGUUGGUAAACAUCGCAGAUAUUGUUGCUCUGUGUUUUCCUGUAUUGGGUUCCUUUGUGCUGAGCCAUAACCCUGUCUUUCCCAGAUUCAGCUUAUCCUGGAUAAGAAAUACACAAAGCAUAUAAAUUUAUCAUAUUUAUGUAAAAUACAUGAGUUUUGUCAUUUAGUUUCAAGCAUCAAUAUAAAAUCUUAUAAUAAAAGCCAUUUUAU